UCUGCCCUAAUUUAUAUAAAUGGAGUGGACAAAAUAUUAGAAACACUAUACUGGAACACAAUACACCAAAAGACUAAAGCCUAAAAUCAACACCUCUCUAAAACAGUUUGAACAAGACAUUAUAGCCUUCGUGAUGGUAGGAUCUAUUGCACGCUGAAAACUGGAAACUGUGCAUAUUUUGCUGAUAAUACUUGUGUACUUCAAUAUACUGUUAAGUAAAACUUUGAGAGAAGGACUUUUAAUAGUGGAGAGUGAGGAGUAUUUCUAUAUUGUGGUGUUACUGCUGCUAUUUAUUUCAGUCAAGAACCUGAAUACUUCUUCCACUUCUGCACACUGACAUAAAAACUUUGACAGGAGGUCACUGCGAGCGGACAGGCUGCAGGUCCCAACAUCCAAUGUGAGACUAAACCAUCACUGCUGACAUCCAAUCAGCUGAGGGCUGAUGGGAUUGGAUGAGCAGUGAGUGUGUUUCUCCCCGCAGCAUCCUUGGAUACCUUUCAGGCUGACACUGAUCUGCGUUAUAGGCGUGGGGAUUUUCAUCGGUGAUGGAAAACACCCGCUGCUUUGCCAACCGCUUCUCCGACUACAAAGGCGCGCUAAUACCGGGCCAGGGCGCAGAGAUCGUGGUGCCCGCCGUCAUCUCCACCGUCGAUAAAAUCCUGAAAAAGGUCCCCAUCGACAUCAGCGACUAUGACGGAGGGCUGUACGAUGGCCCGGCCGGGGUGGCCUACAUGCUGUAUCAUGUCAGCGAGUGUCCGCUCUUCUCCCAGCAGCGGGACGUCUACCUGAAGACGGCCAAGCAGAUCAUCGACGUGUCGGUCAGAUAUGUGGACGCGGAGCCAGACAGAAACAUGCGUGCCGCCUUCCUGCUCGGCGGGGCGGGCAUCUACGCGGUGGCCGCGAUGAUAUACAAGUCCAUGGGCUUGGCUGAGUUUGUGAAGCCGCUGACCAAAUUCCGUAACCUGUGGGAGGUGUGUGCGCCCAUCAAUUUCCUGGAGUGCGGCUCCGAUGAGCUGUUUGUGGGACGGGCUGGGUACCUGUGUGCCGCCCUGGUGCUUAAGCAGAAGCUGGGCAUAGAGAUUCUGAGCAAGGAUCAGAUCAAGUCUAUUUGCCAGGCCAUCAUUGAGGCGGGAAAACAGUACGCCAGGAAGAAGAGAAAGCCUUUCCCCCUCAUGUACUCGUACUAUGGGACAGAGUACCUCGGCGCAGCCCACGGCCUUUCAUCAGUGCUGCAGAUGCUGCUGAGCUACCAGGACGUGCUCAGCGGGGUGGAGAAGGACCUGGUGUGGCAAAGCGUCGAUUUCCUCAUGAAUCAGGAGCAGAACUGCAACUGGCCCGCAGAGCUUGGCGCCAUCAUCGAGAGGGAGAACGAACUGGUGCACUGGUGUCACGGAGCCCCGGGUGUGGCAUAUCUUUUUGCCAAAGCCUACCUGAUCAAUAAGAAACCCCAGUAUCUGGACACAUGCAUCUGCAGUGGGGAGCUUGUGUGGCAGAAGGGUCUACUGAAAAAGGGACCUGGGAUUUGUCACGGAGUUGCUGGCAGUGCUUACGUUUUCCUCCUGCUUUAUCGGCUCACAGGCAACUCGAAAUACAUCUACCGUGCUCAGAGGUUUGCAGAGUUCCUCUUCACAGAGGAGUUUAAGGCAGGCUCCCGCUCAGUGACCAGUGUCUACAGUCUGUUUGAAGGCCUGUCGGGGACCGUCUGUUUCCUGGUCGACCUCCUGCAGCCGGACCAGUCAGAGUUCCCUCUGUUCAGUGUCUUUGUGUGAAUGGACCCAGAGUCACUGACCUUUAACUUCUGAAAUCCCCCAAGAACAGGAUUGGUAGAAACUUCAGAACCUGGAUUGAAACUGUGGAGGGAUGGAUGGAUGGUGUUUGUUUGAGUUUUAGGAAAUCACAUUUGAGUACAGUUGCAGUAGAAACCGGUCUUGUUUUGUGUCUAUUCUAAAGUGGGUGUUCAAGUUCCAGGCUUUACCAGUUUCAUCCCACUUACUGUAGCCUAUCAUUGCCCAUUUCAAUUUACAAUGUAAUCACAUGGAGUGAAGUUUUGGAUGUUUUGUUUUGAGAGUGGUACUUCUAGUACAAUGAAUGAAACUGCAGCAUAUUUUACUAAGGUGCUGCUCUCAGGUCCCAAACACACAUGAAUAUACAUGAUUAACAGCUGAAAUAAACGGCAAUCACACUCAAGUCACACAAAAAAGAACAAGUGUCACAUAAUGCCUUUAAAAUUUUUCUACCGCUUCACCAGCUCAGCGUCACAUAUCGCAGACUUUUGAGUUUAUGUCUUUAGGCUUCUUAAUUUCUCAAAUUGCUGUUGUCACAAUAAAUAUUUGCACAACAAAUAUUGGAACCUUGAAAGGAUUUUGAUACUGAACUUAAAAAAUCAAAUUGGGCAGAGAAGUAUAACCAACAGAUACUGAGAGAAAACCAAACUGUACUAGUUUAUUGUCUCACUUUGUCUGCGCUGUGCAAUAUAACUUACUCACCUGUUUGAACCGAGCUUAGGUCAUGUUGCAGUGUGACAGUUGUUUGUACCUAUUUGAUGUGUCAAACUUAUCUAUUGUUAUCUAUGGAGAUGUUUGAAACGUUCAAUGUGAUGUGUUUGCUACAAAUUCUACCCUGAAAAAGUGCAGCAUAUUAGACUUUAGCUUGUGAUGAGGACUGAAAACAAAAGACAAAAACAUGUGAUCAGUGUGAAAAUGUAAUUUUCCUUUUAAUGUGAUCUCUUCAAGACACUACUUUGUGCAGCUCAGUUAUGUAAAAUUACAGUUGACGGCAGAUUUCUUUUCUUAGAUGAUGUGAUAAUAAGGCCUUCAAACACAUUUCAAGAAUUUGGAUGUGAUCACAUCUCUCAGAGAAAAGGUCUGAAAACGUUAGAAAGUGAAAAUGCUUUGGGAGGCGUUUUGGACAUGUUGGUCAUGUUGUAAUGUAAAAAGGCCUGUGAACUCAGUAAUGUCAAACCAAAGCAGUUUCUUGAUGCUAUUUGUGCCUGUUGUGGAACAUUUAUAAGCUGUGUAUGUCUGCACUGUUUUUGCAUUUGCAAUCGGAGCUGUGCACAACAAAGUCUGAAUUCAAAGUCUUAUUAUUGUUAUUAAUAAAGUGU